AUGAAGACCAACCCUGCAGGCUCCCCACUAGAAACCUGUCAAACUGCAGGCCAGGGUGAGAAGGGAUGCCCUGUAUGCCAGGCCUGCAGAGGGGCCUCAGGCCUGGGGUCUGCUUCAGAGUCAGGGUCAGGCCUUAGCCCAGGGCCUGGAGUGGUUCUGGACUCUAGACUGGGACCUGGGGCUAUUCCAGGACCUGGGCCUGGGCCUGGAUCUAGUGCUGUUCCGGGGUCUGGGCCACAGCCUAGUACUGUUUCUGUGACUGGGCUGCAACCUGGUACUACUUCAGGGCCUAAUGCUACUCUGGGACCUGGGCUCGGAGCAGGAGCAUUACCUGGACUGAGGCCAGGAUCCGAGUCAGAACCUGCGCCAGUACCUCAGCCAGGAGUUAGGUCAGUACCUCAGCCAGGAGUUGGGUCAGUACCUCAGCCAGGAGUUGGGUCAGUACCUCAGCCAGGAGCUGGGUCAGUACCUCAGCCAGGAGCUGGCCCAGUACCUCAGCCAGUAAUCGAGUCAGUAACUAGUCCAGGAUCUGCACCAUUACCUGGGCUGGGGCUAGUGCCUGGGACCAGAGGAGGCUCCAGGACUGGCUCUGACCCCAGCGAAUCAGUGAGAACCCCAGUACCAGAGCAACAGCAGAAGACUCAGGCCAAACACACACAGGCCCCCAAACAGGUUCUGGUGACCGGAGGAGGAGGUUACCUGGGCUUCAGCCUGGGUUCCAGCCUGGCCAAGAGAGGCACCUCUGUCAUCCUGCUCGACCUCCGCAGACCCCAGUGGCCACUACCCUCAGGAACUGAGUUUAUCCAGGCUGAUGUCCGAGAUGAAGAAGCCCUGUACCAAGCCUUCCAGGGGGUGGACUGUGUCUUUCACGUGGCCUCCUACGGCAUGUCCGGGGCUGAGAAGCUACAAAAACAGGAGAUUGAGUCUAUAAAUGUCGGAGGCACCAAACUAGUGAUUAAUGUCUGUGUCCGUCGGCGGGUUCCCAGACUCGUGUACACCAGCACAGUCAACGUGACAUUUGGUGGGAAGCCCAUAGAGCAGGGCAAUGAGGAGUCCAUCCCAUACUUCCCCCUGGACAAGCAUAUGGACCACUACUCUCGAACCAAAGCCAUUGCCGACCAGUUGACUCUCAUGGCCAAUGGGACACCACUCCUAGGAGGAGGCACCCUCCGCACCUGUGUGCUCCGUCCCCCGGGGAUCUAUGGUCCUGAAGAACAGAGACACCUGCCCCGGGUGGUGAGCCACAUCAAGAAGAGACUGUUCAUGUUCCGGUUUGGGGACCGCAGGACGCGCAUGAACUGGGUCCACGUGCAGAAUCUGGUGCAGGCACACAUGCUGGCGGCUGAGGGCCUCACCAUGGCUAAGGGCUACGUGGCUAGCGGGCAAGCAUACUACAUCAAUGAUGGGGAGAGCGUCAACCUCUUUGAGUGGAUGGCCCCACUGUUUGAGAAGCUGGGGUACAGUCAGCCCUGGGUCCAGGUACCGACCUCGUGGGUCUAUCUGACAGCUGCAGUGAUGGAGUACCUGCACCUGGCACUGAGACCCAUCUGCACCAUCCCCCCACCACUCACCCGCAGUGAGGUGCUCAGCGUGGCCGUGACGCACACUUUCCAGAUUGCCAAGGCCCGUGCUCAGCUUGGCUAUGCGCCGGACAAGUUCAGCUUCGCCGACGCAGUGGAGCGAUAUGUGCAGGCCACGACCCCGCAGCCCCGCUGUUGCAUCGUGCUGACGCUCCUGCGGCUGCUGCUCAUGCUGCUGCUACUGCUCGGCCUGCUCGGUCUGGCCCUGUACUUCCUAGGACUGCAGCCUUUGCAGGCGGUGGUGGAAAGGCUCUGA